GUCAUCAGAAGGGCCCCUGAUUGACUCGAGUUGUGUUCAGCCAGUCCUCCACUUUUAUUUAUUCGACAAAAAACGUGUUUUGCAACGUACUGGCCACUGCACUAUCUCCGCAGUUCACGCAGAUAAAGCCUUUGAUUUGCUGUCAAAGCAAAUUUGGCCUCGUUUAUAACAAACUGGAACUCGAAUUAAUUCAAUUGCACGGAUUAUUGCAAGAAGUUAGUUUUGUUGCAAGUCGCACUGCGGACAAUAGCGGCUGAUUUAAGAUCAAAAAUGUCAGCAGAAUACGUUUUAGGGGUUGACAUAGGAACUACCUCUGUAAAAGUCAACCUUAUCGACAUAUCAACGAAAAAGCCAAUAGCCAGACAGACUAAAGACACCCGAGCUGAUUGUCCCAGUGAAUUGGGCCCUGCAGCUGGAAAUAAACAAGAUGCAGCUCGAAUCGCCUCUGCAUUCCACGGGUGCGUUUCGCGCCUGCCGAGGGACAAGUUGAAAUUGGUGACCAGCAUCGGGGUGUGCGGCCAAAUGCAUGGGGUUGUUUUAUGGAAGCAGGGCAGCGCCUGGGGCUACCAAGGAGAGAGGUUGGAAUUGAGUACGCAAGCGUCAGGGGCCGUGUCUGCCGUUUACACCUGGCAAGACAAUAGGUGCACCCCUACCUUUUUGGCCUCCCUGCCCCACCCUGAGAGCCACUUGGGACUUAGCUCUGGUUUUGGCAUUCCGACUGUUUUCUGGAUGGCCAAGAACAAACCGGAGCGCCUUGAGAAAUACGACAGAGCUGGAACGAUUAUGGAUCUGAUUGUGGCAAUGCUCUGCCAGUUGGAGGAGCCGGUCAUGUCCAGCCAGAAUGCUGCCAGUUGGGGAUAUUUCAACUCGGUGACCGGCGAGUGGAAUAAACAACUUCUGGAGGACGCUGGAUUUCCUGUUAAAUUUUUGCCACAUGUGAUUCCAGCGGGCGGAGUUGCUGGCAAUUUGAAACAAACUUGGCUUGGCAUUCCAGCAGGAACUCCUGUCGGUGCUGCUCUUGGUGAUCUACAGUGCUCGGUUUUUGCCAAUUUGCUUCGGCCAGGUUUGGAUGCCGUCAUUAAUAUUUCUACCUCAGCACAAUUAGGCUUUGUGAUGCCUAAUGAUUUUCAGCCAGAAAUUAAAUCAGCAGAUGAGGAUAUUUCCUCCGUCCAGUAUUUCCCCUACUUUGAUGGGCAGUAUUUGGCCGUAGCAGCUUCGCUAAAUGGUGGCAAUAGUUUGGCUUUAUUUGUCAAAAUAUUGCAGCAAUGGGCCCACGAGCUUGGCUUCAGCGUACCGCAAGAUAAAGUUUGGCAGCGGAUUUUGGAUCUGGGGGCCGCAAAUGAGUCGACAACUUUGCAAAUCAACCCUACUUUGCUUGGGGAGAGACACAGUCCAGAAGUAAGAGGCAGUGCAUCCAAUAUCGACCCGAGCAAUCUGAGUUUGGGCAGUGUGACCAGAUCUUUGUGUCAGGGCAUCAUUUCUAAUUUACUUCUAAUGAUGCCUAGGGAUUUCCUUGUUUCUCAUGGGGUUGAGAGGAUAUUGGGAGUUGGAUCUGCAAUGACGAGGAACGCGGUUCUCCAGAGCGAGGUCAGCAAACAGUACGAGUUGCCGCUAGAGGUUUUAAGUGGCGGAGAUGCGGCUCUAGGAGCUGGGCUUUCUAGGUUGCUUCACAUUUAAAUCAAGCUCAAAUAAAAGCGUUUUAAAUCGAAUUAAUACUAUGGCUUUAGGCGCUGUAGCCACAAUAAAGAGUACAAUAGCUUAAAUAUAACUAAACGCUGCCUUGCAUGAAAUAUAAAAAUUGUAUGAUGUUCCGUGUAUCUGCUAUAGCAGGAACCAAUGCCAAUGAUUAGCAAUAAAAAAUAAUCAAAAGGUGCAUUACAUCGCUAGAUUGCUUUAUAUGAAUA